CGCCGAUCUGUUAAGAGUCCGUCGUCGGGAAAAAUGGCUCCGCCGAAGAAGGGAAAACUAAAGGCCAACUCCGUUGCGUCCUCUCCGGCGACUUCCGCCGCCGAUUCCUCAAGUUUUCCGUCAUGUAUACGCCACUUUCCCCCUUCCUCCGUCGCCAUCACCAUCCACGCAAAACCAGGAUCGAAAUCCGCCUCCAUCACUGAUGUGAGCGAGGAGGCGGUCGGAGUCCAAAUCGACGCGCCCGCGAGGGACGGUGAAGCCAACGCUGCGCUUGUUGAUUUCAUGAGCUCUGUCUUGGGGGUGAAAAGAAGGCAAGUCUCGAUCGGUUCAGGGUCUAAAUCACGAGAUAAAGUUGUCAUCGUCGAGAAUAUGGCUCUGCAAAGCGUUUUCGAAGCUCUAUCCAAAGCAUCAAAACCUACCUAAUCAACAAAACGCAAAGAUUCAUCAGUCUACGCCAUGGCAAGAUGUGAUGCCGAUUUGCCCCUUUUGCAAUUAGGAAACAUCUAAACCGUAUUGGACUCUAAAACGAGGUACCCUCUUUCUCCUAUCACAGUUCAUGAACAUAUAUACAUAUACAUAUAUAUAUAUAUGAGAUGAGAGUACAUCUUUGGUCAUAUGUGAAUCUGUGAUGCUCUCUGUACAUCAUGUUUGUGAUUAAUUGUAUGGCUUGA